CAGAAUGAGGAAGGAGGGCCCAGCGGGCGCUGCGGGGACGGGGACAGACGCUGACUGUGGUCGGGGCCUUUCCUCGCCGGCAGCCCGCCCUCCCCGGGGGCACCCACCCUCAACCAGUUUGGCAGGGCCGGGCAGGUCUGCAGAUGGGCGGGGAGCCCUGAGCCUCCACACCUUCUCGGGCUCCUCCUCUGCCCCCCACCCGCCUGAGCCGGGCACUCAGGCCUCGUAGAGCUGGGCCCCCGGUGCCCGAGGCCGGGACGUCAGGGGUCCCUGGGGUGACCCCCCAAGGAAAGCCCCCCCCGGCCAGCCCCCCGCGCCGGUGCCAGGAGCCCUCCCCAGGGCCGGCCGGGGUGCCCUCCCGGGGCCGGGGCCAUGCCGCCUCGUGCCCGCUGAGGCCCCCACCAUGGCCCGCUCGCUGACCCGGCGCUGCUGCCCCUGCUGCCUGACGGACGAUGAGAAGGCGGCGGCCCGGAUCGACCAGGAGAUCAACAGGAUCCUCCUGGAGCAGAAGAAGCGGGAUCGCGGGGAGCUGAAGCUGUUGCUGCUGGGGCCUGGCGAGAGCGGCAAGAGCACGUUCAUCAAGCAGAUGCGGAUCAUCCACGGGGCGGGCUACUCGGAGGAGGACCGCAAGGGCUUCCGGCCCCUCGUCUACCAGAACAUCUUCGUCUCCAUGCGGGCCAUGAUCGAGGCCAUGGAGCGGCUGCAGAUCCCCUUCAGCAGGCCUGAGAGCAGCCACCAUGCCAGUCUGGUCAUGAGCCAGGACCCCUACAAGGUGACCACUUUUGAGAAGCGCUAUGCCGUGGCCAUGCAGUGGCUGUGGAGGGAUGCCGGCAUCCGGGCCUGCUACGAGCGCCGCCGGGAGUUCCACCUGCUUGACUCGGCCGUGUACUACCUGUCCCACCUGGAGCGUAUCACCGAGGAGGGCUACGUACCCACAGCACAGGACGUGCUCCGGAGCCGCAUGCCUACCACUGGCAUCAAUGAGUACUGCUUCUCUGUGCAGAAGACCAACCUGCGGAUCGUGGACGUCGGGGGCCAGAAGUCAGAACGCAAGAAGUGGAUCCACUGCUUCGAGAACGUGAUUGCCCUCAUCUACCUGGCCUCGCUGAGCGAAUACGACCAGUGUCUGGAGGAGAAUAACCAGGAGAACCGAAUGAAGGAGAGCCUGGCCCUAUUUGGCACCAUCCUGGAACUGCCCUGGUUCAAAAGCACGUCUGUCAUCCUCUUCCUCAACAAAACUGACAUCCUGGAGGAGAAGAUCCCCACUUCCCACCUGGCUACCUACUUCCCCAGUUUCCAGGGCCCGAGGCAGGACGCGGAGGCAGCCAAGAGGUUCAUCCUGGACAUGUACACCGGCAUGUACGCCAGCUGCGUGGACGGCGCUGACGGGGGCAGGAAGGGCCCGCGCUCCCGGCGCCUCUUCAGCCACUACACGUGCGCCACGGACACGCAGAACAUCCGCAAGGUCUUCAAGGACGUGCGGGACUCGGUCCUGGCCCGCUACCUGGACGAGAUCAACCUGCUGUGACCCAGGCCGCGCUGCCCCCGGGGCUCAGACCCGCGCGUGGCAGCGGGACCGGCGGGCGGACGGGCCCGGGGAGCCCCGCCACCCCUUGCGCUCAGCCCCAUGUCCAGGCGGCGGAAGGCCCGAGUGAGUCGGGGCUUGGAGGCCGGUCGCCCCCCUCCCCCGUGGUCCACCGCCCCGGGACAGCCCGUGGGCUCGCCCUCCCUUGACCCCGUUGACCUCCUCGGAAGGGGAGCACCAGGGCCACUGGGGACGGCGGGGUGGAGGGGUGAGGAGCAGGGGAGGGGACUCGGCCUGCCCUGGGCGGUGCUGGGUGCUCCCCGGGGCAGAGGCCGCGACCUCCCCCGACCCCACGCCGCGGUCGGGGUGCACAGCCCGGGGGCGGGGGGCGUGGUCCUGCAGCCCGAGGGACCGGACUCUGGCGCCCCCUAGCGGGCCGGAGGCGGCACCGCCAGCCUGAGGUCGGGGAAGCCCCGGCGGCAAGAGAGACCUGCAAAACCCUGCGUGUUCUCACCUGUUUACAGAGGAGGGAAACUGAGGCCCACAGGCAUUUCCCCCGCUUCCCAGGCUGGGGGCCGGGCGCACUGCAUCUUACAACCUUCUGUAUUUAUUCCCUCCCCGUCUGUGGGGCCCCUUGCAGAACAUUAAAGACAUGACGGUCUGGA